CUCUCUCUCUCUCUCUCUCUCUCAAAGUUUUGUAGUUUGUGUGUUGUAUUGGCUUCGUCCUAUUUCUCCCCCAUUGUCUGUUGAAGGAUAUCUUCCACAAAACCAAAACCAAAACCUUGUAGCUCUCUAAGAGCAAACAUGGAUAAUCAAAGAGCUUUGAGAACACAAUCAAGUAGAACUAAAUCCAUUAGGGCUGGUAUGUGUGUUUUGGUCGUGGAUGAUGAUAUAAAGAACCUUAAUAUUGUUGCAGUAAUGCUACGAGCACUCCAAUAUGAAGUUGUCCCCGUUAAACGCAUGUCUGAUGCUUUAGACAUUCUUCAAGAAAGACAUGGACGGUUUGAUAUCGUUCUAACGGUUCUUCACAUGCCUAAGAUGGAUGGAAUUUCCCUCCUUGAGCAUGUUGAGGCUGAAUUUAAGAUACCAGUUAUUAUGAUGUCUGCCAAUGAUGAUGAGAUUGUUGCAUCAAUAUGUUUGGAUAGUGGCGCUUCAUUUUAUCUUACAAAACCUUUAACUAUAAGUGAUCUCAGUAACCUUUGGCAGUAUGUAUACUUGAAAAAACGCUAUGAAAGAAUGGCAAUUGAGCAAAUAGGUAGUGAUUCAGAAUUAUCAACACCCAAAAAGGUAUCAAAGGGAGAUAAUGAUGAGUGUGCAUCCUCUGUUAAUGAAAGUAGUUGGAGACAAGAAUCACGGAAAAAACAUUCUUUAAGGAAAAAUCAAAACAAUGAGGGAAACAAUGAAGAUAAUAUGUCAAGGGUGACUUGGACUACUAAGCUUCAUAACAAGUUCUUAGAUGCCAUUGACCAAAUAGGCCUUCAAGGGGCAGUUCCAAUGAAAAUACUUGAGGCAAUGAAUACCCCUGGAUUAACAAGAGAAAAAGUUGCAAGUCAUUUACAGAAAUAUCGCAAAUUUUUGAGACGAAUCAAGCAAGCAAGCCAAUCUGGUGAACCAAGUGUUAUCAAGUCAGUGAAACAUGCAGCUUUUAAAUCAAAAAUUGCAUCGGGGCAUCCUUCUUUAGAACGUGUAUUUUCCUGUAUCUCCAAGCAAAAAAAGUGCUCCAUCUCUCAACUAGGAGAUGAAAAUUCCCUUCCAGAAAGAAACCAAGAAAAGCUGAAGCAACGUUUGCUUGACAAUAUAUCAUCUAUUAAUCAGCAACAUGAUGGUACUUCCUCACCUUCCCAAAUGGAAACACCUAACACCAGAGAAGGAUCAUCGUUGUGCGGUAGUACUCCAACUACUCUUGCAAGCAAUACAGACACAUUGCCGAUAAUCCAUCCGGAACUUCAGGCAAGAACUGGGCAUUUUGCCCGUGGCGCACUUGAUCAUAGCCUCAACAAAACUAGCUUGCCUAGUAAGAACAUUCAAAAUGUUAGAAACACGCGAUCCUUCAACAAUCUUAACCAGGGUCCAAGCUUCAGCUAUAGCAAUAAUGGUUUCGCUGGCAUUCAAAUGAAUAGCAGCACUGCAAAGGUGUCUGGAUUCAACCAGAUGAACAUUGGUCAUGAGCCAGCAAAUGGCACCAAUUGUGGCUAUAGUAGUAGGGAUGAGAUCCAAAAUGGAAAAAGGCCUCUAGUGGACACUGAGAAAUCUCCUUUUAUUCCUGGAUUCACUUCAUCUCAUUUUGAUUUUGCUUCUCAAGGGUUAACUUCUUCUAGUGGUUUAAUGCCUCAAGGGUUAGCUCCUACUGGUGAGUUGGUGCCUCAUGGAUCAAUUUCUUCUAGUGUAUUCAACCAGGUGCACAUUGGUCAUGAGCUAGCAAAUGGUACCAGUUUUGGUUACAGUAGGAGGGAUGAGAUCCAAAAUGGAAAAGGGCCUCUAGUGGACACUGAGAAAUCUCCUCUUAUUCCUGUAUUCACUUCAUCUCAUUCUGACUAUGCUUCUCAAGGGAUAACUUCUUCUAGUGGUUUAAUGACUCAAGGAUUAGCUCCUAAUGGUGGGUUGGUGCCUCAAGGAUCAAUCUCUUCUAGUGGAUUCAACCAGAUGCACGUUGGUCAUGAGGUAGCAAAUGGUAGCAAUUGUGGCUACAAUAGGAGAGAUGAGAUCCAAAAUGGAAAAAGGCCUCUACUGGACACUGAGAAAUCUCCUCUUAUUCCUGGAUUCACUUCAUCACAUUCUGAUUAUGCUUCUCAAGGGUUAACUUCUUCUAGUGGUUUGAUGCCUCAAGGGUUAGCUCCUACUGGUGGGUUGGUGCCUCAGGGAUCAAUUUCUUCUAGUGGAUUCAACCAGAUGCACAUAGGUUAUGAGCCAACAAAUGGUACCAAUUUUGGCUAUAGUAGGAGGGAGCAGAUCCGAAAUGGAAAAAGGCCUCUAGUGGAGACUGAGAUAUCUCCUUUUAUUCCUAGAUUUACUUCAUUCCAUUCUGAUUAUGCUUCUCAAGGGUUAACUUCUUCUAAUGGUAGAAUGCCUCAAGGGUUAGCUCCUUCUGGUGGGUUGGUGCCUCAGGGAUCAAUUUCUUCUAAUGGAUUCUCAAGCACUAAUCCAUUUUCACCGAUCCUCACUAAUGUAAGUCAACAACUGCCUUUGUUGUCACCACUAGCACAUCCACCUCCAUCGUCACAACAACAAAAAAAUGAAAUUGGGGUUGGAGAAGAAGUUAACAGCUUAUUUGAUUUGAUGAAAAACAAUUCAUCACUUGGAAACUUCUCGUUUGCGCCAUCAUUUGAUGUGGAAUAUGAUCUUAGUGAUAUACUUUUCAAGCCAGUUGAUCAAUCACCUAAUCAGCAUGAAGUUUGUGGAGAAGUAGUAAUGGAUCCUAAGUUCAGUAUCAAUGACUAUUAUGUGGAUGAUGAUUAUACUUCGCUAUGGCUUCCGCCAUGAUGCAAUUUCUAUACUUAUUAUUUAUAUUUGGCUUUCGUAUAGUCCUUUAGCUUAGACUGUUCUUUUUUUUUUUUUUCUUAAGAUUAGCAAAGUAUGUAUGAAUGAAGUAAAGAAUGAACAAGAUUACCAGUGCUUGAAAUUAGGGUUUCGGGACAUAUGUUCUCCUUCUUGUUCAUUAUGAUGGCUUUUGAAAAUCUAUACUCUUGAGCACUGUUUUUGGUGAAAUCAUACUGCCUACAUUUGGAAAGGACAAUAUACAAUGUGUCUGUUAUACUUUCUA